UCCGGCUAGUAAUUCAGUGUGGAGCUGGCUCUGAGCGAGAAAUGUCGCUGUUACUAACGCUAAUCGCGGUUCUAGUGUCGCUGCUGUUGUUCGUGGCCCGCCGACGUCAUGGAUAUUGGCAGCGGAGGGGUAUUCCGCACGAUGUGCCCCAUCCAGUGUACGGAAACAUCAAGGACUGGCCAAGGAAGCGACACGUCGCGAAGAUUUUCCGGGACUACUAUUUGAAGUACAAAAACUCCGAUUAUCCGUUCGCCGGGUUCUACUUCUUUUUCACCCGGACUGCCGUCAUCACCGACUUGGAGUUGGUCAAGAGGGUGAUGAUCAAGGACUUCAAUCACUUUGAGAAUCGGGGAAUCUUCUACAAUGAGAUAGAUGAUCCACUUUCGGCCAGUUUGUUCAGCAUCGAGGGUCAGAAGUGGCGUCAUCUGAGGCACAAGCUGACACCCACUUUUACGUCCGGCAAAAUGAAGACCAUGUUUCCGAUCGUUGUGAAGGUUGGCGAGGAAAUGGAGAAGACUUUCAGUGCCAAAACCUCCGCAGGUCAAGGCCAAGUUCUAGAAGUUGUGGAUCUGGUGGCUCGAUAUACGGCUGACGUAAUUGGUAACUGCGCCUUCGGUCUGAAUUGCAAUAGUUUGCACAAUCCCAAGGCGGAGUUUGUGGCCAUUGGAAAAAGGGCGAUCAGAGAACGUCGUUAUGGAGGACUUCUGGAUUUCUUUAUUUUCGGAUUUCCAAAGCUGUCUCGCCGCUUGCGGCUCAAGGCAAAUGUGCAGGAGGUUGAGGACUUUUACACUGGCAUCGUUAGGAAUACAAUCGACUACCGAUUGAAGACCAAGGAGAAGCGUCACGACUUCAUGGACAGUUUGAUCGAAAUGUACCAGAAGGAGCAGGCGGGAAACACUGAGGAUGGCCUGUCCUUCAACGAGAUUCUGGCACAAGCCUUUAUUUUCUUUGUGGCUGGGUUCGAGACAAGUUCUACGACCAUGGGAUUUGCCCUGUACGAGCUGGCCCGCAAUCAGGACAUUCAGGAUCAGCUUAGGGCGGAGAUCAACAAGGUUCUGGGCAAGCACAACAACGAAUUCACUUAUGAGGGAAUCAAAGAGAUGAAGUACCUGGAACGGGUCGUCAUGGAAACCCUUCGCAUGUAUCCGGUUCUGGCGCAUCUUACAAGAAUGACUGAGACCGACUUUUCGCCGGAAGAUCCCAAACUGUUCAUUGCAAAGGGAACCGUUGUUGUGAUUCCAGCUCUUGGUAUUCACUAUGACCCGGAAAUAUAUCCCGAACCGGGGAAGUUCAAUCCGGAGCGAUUUACGGAUGAGGCAAUCGCGGCCAGACCAUCGUGCACUUGGCUUCCAUUUGGGGAAGGUCCUCGGAACUGCAUUGGUCUUCGAUUUGGACUGAUGCAGACCUGCGUGGGAUUGGCAUACCUAAUCCGGGGUUAUAAGUUCAGCGUUUCCCCGGACACCCAAAUACCCAUGAAGAUUGUCUUAAAAAACAUACUGCUGUCUGCAGAGAAUGGCAUUCACCUUAAAGUUGAGAAGCUUUCUCAAUAAGAGUAUAAGUUAAAUGAAUAUGGGUAUUGAUCGUUUAACCAUUUUAUUCUGGCAUGUAUUUACUGCUGUAUAAAAACACGAUAUUCUUUAAUUAUACCCCUCUUAAAGCUCAUAUACAGUACUUAUGUAUGUAUAUGAAAGCAAAGCUUAAGUGUCGCCGUAACUUGUUCUACGCGUCAAGUGCAGCGGAAAGUGAAUAAACCAGGUGUACAACAUAUAAA